AUGAGCACGGUGCACAUUCUUCCAGCAAGACCAGGACCUUUGAAGGAGCCUUCUUUACCGUCACUUGACGCUUCUGAGCUGCAUCCACUCCCUGUGACGGGCCAGCUUGGCCAGCCGCCAGAGCCUUCCACAUUUCCGGGAGACUUGUGCCGGGUAGCGUACCCCGAUGCAUGGGCUGAGUUCCAGCCGGGGGGCUGCAACCUAGGAUUGCCCUACCAAUACCAAAUGGCCAAAGACCUUGUUCGACUGUUCUCGGGAAGCCCAAAAAUUGUAAAAGGCAGCUGA